AUGGAGCAAUAUCUUGCAGGUCUUGACGACCUUUUAACUAAGUUGGCACAAGCUCAAGAUUCUGAAACUAUCAGAAAUGCCACCUCUGUCCUGAACACACAAUAUUAUGCCACUGCUGAUUGUAUUCCUGCUCUUGUAGAGAUCAUUUCCAGAUCUCCUCACUAUCAAGUUCGACAAUUAGCUGCUGUUGAGUUGCGUAAAAGAAUUUCCAAGUGGUGGUCUCAGGUACCUGAAGCCAAUAAGGUCACUUUGCGUGAUCAAUUGUUGAAUAUUGCUUUGAAUGAAACCAAUGAACCUGUCCGUCAUUCCAUUGCACGAGUCAUUUCCUCUGUUGCUAGCGUUGACAUGCCUGAUGACAAAUGGCCUACCUUGUUGAAGUUUCUGCAUGAAUCUUGUGCCAGUGCAAACGCAUCUCAUCGUGAAAUUGGUAUCUACUGCUUGUAUACCUUGUUUGAAGCCAUCGCCGAUCUGUUCAUGAACAACACUGUCUCCUUGUUUGAGCUCUUUAACAAAUUGAUUGUGGAUCCCGAGAGCAAAUCCGUUAGAAUCACUACUGUGUUGGUGCUUGGUAAACUUUCUGAAUUUGUAGAUAGCGAGGAUAAGCCUACUAUUAAAAUGUUCAGAGCCAUUAUUCCCAACAUGGUCAAUGUACUGGAACAAUGUAUCAAGGACGAUGAUGAGGAGAACUCUGCCAAGAUUUUUGAAGUUUUUGAUACCUUGUUGAUGUUGGAUGCGCCCUUGUUGAACGAUCAUUUGGCCAACUUGAUUGACUUUUUCUUGACCAUUGGUGCCAAUACCGAGUUGGAUGAAUCUCUUCGUGUGUUUGCCUUGUCAUUCUUAAUGUGGGCUGCUGUUUACAAGCAAAACAAGAUUAGACAUUUGAAGUUGGUUGGACACAUUGUAGAGAGAUUAAUGCCUAUCGGUACCGAGGAGGAUCCUGAGGAUGUUGAUGAGGACUCUGCUUCUCGCUUAGCCUACAAGGUGUUGAAUGCUUUGGCCACCAAUAUUCCCCCUCAGCAAGUAUUCCCUCUUGUGAUGCCAUUCGUCUUGAACUAUAUCCAAAACCCCAACCCCAGUUACCGUAAAGCUUCAAUGAUGGCUUUUGCUGUCACCGUGGAAGGCUGUACAGAUAUCAUUGCCAACAAAUUGAAUGAACUCUUGCCCAUUGUGUGUACUGGUCUUCAAGAUCCCGAGAUUGUCGUUCGUCGUGCUGCUUGUAUGGCGCUUGGUUGUCUUGCUGAAGAAAUGCCUGUAGAUAUUUCUGAACACCAUCAAGUCUUGCUGCCCCUCGUCUUCAACUUGAUGAAUGACAAUAACCCUGAAGUGACCAAGCACGCUUGUAAUGCCCUUGAUGCUAUCCUGGAAGGCCUUGGUUCUGAUAUUGUGCAAUAUUUGCAAUUGCUGAUGGAGAAGCUCUUGUUCCUCUUGGACAAUGCCACUGAAACAGAGACUCGUGCUACUGUUAUUGCUGCCAUUGGUAGUGCUGCUCAUGCUGCUGGUGAUGCUUUCCAUCCUUACUUUGGUCAAGUCAUGCCUCGCAUCAUUCAAUUCAUGUCUCUCAAGGAGUCUACUGACGAUCAAUUGCUGCGUGGUGUUGCCACUGACACUGCUGGCUCUAUUGCUGAGGCAGCUGGUGCUGACUUGUUCAGACCUUACGUGCAAGGAUUGAUGACUCUGGCCAUUGAGCAACUCAAAUUGGACUCUCCUCGUUUGCGCGAAUGCUCGUUUGCCUUGUUCUCCAACUUUGCUCGUGUUUUUGGUGAAGAGUUUGCCACCUUUUUGCCCACCAUCGUUCCUGAAAUCUUAACCUCCUGCAAGGUUGAAGAAAAGAACGAGACUGUAUUGGAUGAGGAGGUCGAUUUGACCACUGGCGGUAUGGAUGACGACUUGGAUGAGGAUUUCGAAAACUUCAACUUCAACUCUGCUAUUGCUGACGAAAAGGAGUUUGCUGUGGACGCUUUAGGGGAGCUCUUUGCUAACACUAAAUCACACUUUUUGCCUUAUGUCGAUGCCUCUCUGUUGGAAUUGCAAAAGUUGACCAGCCAUUUGUACGAUGGUGUUCGCAAGUCUGCUACUCAAAGCUUGUUCACCUUCCUCAAGACCUUUUAUGUCAUGUCGAACCCUGCUCCUUGGACUGUCGGUGUGCCUGCUACCUACGCCAUCCACGAGAAUGUCCAAAACUUGAUCAACACUAUCAUCCCUAUGACACUGGAAUUGUGGAAAGAGGAAGAUGAUCGCUCUGUGGUAGCUCAAACAUGUCAAGAGUUUGUCACUGCUCUUCGUUUAAUGGGCCCUGUUCUCAUUGCUGAUGGCUUGGAAGAUAUCUCUGAAAACCUCUUGGAAAUCUUCCAAAAGAAAUCCAUCUGCCAACAAGCCUUUGAUGAUGGUGAUUAUGACGAGGAAGAUGACGACUUGGAGUCUGAAUCCCUCCUGAUUACAUCUGCUGGUGAUCUUGUCGCUGUUUUGUGCGAAACAGUGGGUCCCAACUAUGCCAAUUACUUUGCUGUCUACAUGCCCCUCAUCAGCAAAUACUACAAGCCCACAAAGACACAAUCUGAGAGAGCCAUGGCUGUCGGUUGCUUGGGUGAAUGUAUCGGCGGCCUCAAAUCAGCCAUUACACCCUACACUGAACGCUUAAUGCAAAUCUUUGUUAAGGCGUGUAGUGAUGAAGAUGAGCUUGUUCGCAGCAAUGCUGCCUUUGCCCUGGGCUGCUUGGCCUUCCACACUGAAGUUGACCUAAGCAGCCACUACCCUGAGCUCUUGACGGCUCUCUCGCCCCUCUUUAGUAACCAAACUCUGCCCAACACGAUUGACAAUGCUGCUGGUGCUGUAGCUCGUUUGAUCUUGGCCCGUCCCAAUGCUGUUCCCUUGGACCAAGUGUUGCCCACAUUUACUAAUGCCUUGCCAUUGAAAGCAGACUUUGAGGAGAACCAGCCCGUGUUUGACUGUAUCUUCCAGCUAUUCAAUGCUAACAAUGCAUUUGUUCUCGGUAACUUGCCUCAAUUCCUCCACAUCUUUACCCAAGUUCUUUCUGAGAGUGAUCAAUUGAAAGAAGCCACUCGUGCUCAUUUGAUUGAACUCAUUCGUCAUUUAAACACUCAAUCUCCUGAACUUAAUAUCAGUUCCAGUGAAUUGGCUCGUUUCUUGUAA